CCUCCACAUGUACAGGUUCCUCAUUCCUGCGAUGCUGACAGUUGACGUAGAGACUGUGUCUCAGCUUGUUGGUGUAAUCUCUCUGUGGGGGAAGAGUUAAAGAGGUGAUGAAUAUAAGAUGUUGUAAUAUUUACUCUGCUCUUACUCUCUCUGCUAAUUGGUGCAGACUGAGAGAGGCAGAGCUGAGAAGUGGCCGGCAAUCUGAGCGACACAAGAUGCUGGGCACCCUGUUCCUGCUGCUACUCCUCAGCCCAGAGUCCUGGCAGUUCUUGUCACACACAGCUGCUUCCAGCUUCCUCAGUCGGAUCAAACGGGCGAACCACGUCUUUGAGGAAACCAAACAGGGACACUUGGAGCGAGAAUGUGUGGAGGAAUCCUGUAACAAGGAAGAGGCCAGAGAGGUCUUCGAAAACGACCCAGAAACGGAAUACUUCUAUCCAAAGUAUCUGGAUUGCCUGAGAAAGUAUGGACCCAUCAGCCAAAGAAAUCCUAACCUUUUGACAUGUGUUCACAAUAUCCCGAAUCAGUGUUCCCCACAGCCCUGCAGUCUUCAGGGUUAUGAACGAUGUGAAGAUGGUCAGGGAGCUUUUAAAUGCAUCUGUAAACCUGGCUGGAAAGGGAUUUUCUGUGAGCAAGAUAUUAAUGAGUGCGUGAUGCAGAACGGUGGCUGUGAGCACAUCUGUACAAACACGGAGGGGAGUUACGAGUGUCUGUGUAAUGAAGGAUUCAACAUGAAGCUGGACAAACGACGAUGUCAAGACGUUGAUGAAUGUCAGUUGGAGCCUGGGACUUGUGGACUUGCGAAUUGUGAAAACAUGUUGGGUUCUUACAAAUGCACAUGUGAACGUGGAUACAAAUAUGACCCCUUGACCAAGUCUUGUAAAGAUAUAGAUGAAUGUGAAGAGAAUAUCUGUGAGGAAGGUUGUGUCAAUACACCUGGUAAAUAUACCUGCUACUGUGAUGGAAAGCGAGGAUUAAAGCUAGCAGCAGAUCUCCAGAGUUGUACACCGAUUUUGUCUUGUGUUUCGCUGAACACUGGGAAAAAUGAAGCUUCUCUCUACCUGGGAAGAUUCUUCAAGGGGACACCUGUGAUGCGCUUCAACUUCAAGAGAAAACAACGAACCAGUCUUUCAGUGGAAUUCGAUUUUCGAACGUUUGACACUGAGGGCACUAUAUUCCAAGCCGGACAACAGCAAAACAGCACCUGGAUCAUGCUGGGAUUACACAAUGGGAAGCUCCAGGUUCAGUAUAGCAACAACAAUGAAGCCACGACUGGAGUUACCAGUGGAGGUCCAUUCCUAAACAAUGGCCAUUGGCACACGAUUUCUGUCGAAGAAUCAAGGAACAGUUUAAUUGUGAAAGUUGCCCGGGAGGCGGUGAUGAAUAUUAACAUCCCCACUGGUCUGUUCCAGGAGAUGCUGGGACUAUUUCAGUUAAGCAUCGCAGUUGGAGGCCUAUUUAAUGAUCGACAGCUUGUUAAAAAGAUUAACCCGCGAUUGGAUGCCUGCAUGCGAGGGUGGAACUGGAUGAACGGUGAAGACACGAUUACAGCUGAGACCAUCAAACAUGACGAAAGGAUGCAAUGUUUCUCUGCCAUUGAGAGGGGAUCCUAUUAUCCUGGACAUGGCUUCGCUUCAUUUGACAUCAAGUACGCCACAAGACCAAGUCAUGAUGAUGGGAACUGGGCCAUGAAUGUGGACCUUUCAAUCCACCCCUCAGCAGAUACUGGCCUCUUAUUCGCUUUUGUAAGCGGCAACAAUGUCUCCCUGUCCCUGGCCAUCAUGGAUUCGAACUCUGUUACACAGGAUAUCAUCCUAGCUAUUGAGAAUGUGAUUGUUUACAAACUGGAACGAUUGCCACGGUGUGCCAGAGAGAGAUUGUCCAUACAGCUCAUCAUAACUAAAGGCCGCAUCAUUUUAGAGUCGUCCGGUGUGGUUGGCAGGAGCUCUUUGACGAAAUCAGAGCUGGCAGAACGUCUCUCCAAACUCGACCAGUAUAUGCACGGAUCAGGACUGACCUAUCUGGGUGGAAUUCCAGAUGUUCCAAUAACUUCCACGCCAGUGACAGCAUUCUACAACGGCUGUAUGGAGACUUACAUCAAUAACCAUUAUAUAGAUCUGGAUGAGGCUCUUUACAAACACUUUGAAAUAAGAUCACACUCCUGUCCUCUUCUGAAUGAGGGCGAUUAGCAAAGUGGCAGCCAGCCUUCACUCUGUCUGCUUGUUUCACCGAAGCCAUUUCCUGUUCAUUCCGAGACCUGAAGUGACUGAUUUACUGUAGCUUUAACAGUCGAGGUUCUCUCUCUCUCUCUGAGCGCGGGAGGCUGACAAGAGUGAGGUGGAAGGAAGGUGGUUCAGUAGUGAAGGCUUGUGAGACACCACAAUAAAAAGAUGUGUGACAAUUUGUUCUGUAAUGGGGACACCGGCUGCAGUUAAAGCUCCUCUUUUGAAUUGUAGUCUGCUGUUAAACCAGAGAAAAACAAUUUCAUUAACUGGUAUCAAACUGGGGCAGAUUGAUCCUGGCCAUAAACAGCAGAGCUUUCAGAUGUUUAUCCUACUGUAACCUAGAAACUGAUCGCAGUAUCAUUACUAAUGCUUUUCAAAUGCAGCGUAUAUAAAAUACAAUAUAUAUACUUUGUUAUAUUCAAACUGUACGUCUGUAAACACUGGCAGCAUUUUGGAAGUUAAGGAAAUAUACUUCAUGCAAUGAAAGGAUUUAACAAAAAGCCAUAAUACAUUGUUUUUGAGACUCA